CUGGGCCGCGGGAGAGGGGCAUUCCUUACCUCGGGCGACCACCAGCGGGAGUAGCUCCCCGUCGCCCCGACCUCCCCGCCGAUCGCGCUGUCCCCCGUCGGCUCGCGCGCUCCUUGCGGCGCCUCCGGUUCCGCCGAUCGCGGCAAUGGCGACGGCUGGAAGUCGGAGCCCACCGCCGCCGCGAGUGCCUCUGCUGCAUCUGCUCGGUCAUCGCGCGCUGCUCGGCCGCCAAAAGCCGCCGCUACCGUCGCCGCGUUUCCCGCCGCCAUGAUCGCCGCAGCGUCGCCGGUACUGCCGAAGCGGGUCGCAGCGAUCAUCGCAUCGCCUCGUGCGAAUGACCCUCCGACGCGAUUUCGCCGCUCGACUCGCUCGUCGUUCCCUCGUCUCGCCUUUCCUCCCCCCGUGGUAGCGAGCCGGUUGGCUGUGAGGCGCCGUCGUCGCCCGACGCAACCGUCGCUGUCGGCCGCCCGCGCUCCGCGUGAGCGACUGAGUUUCGCCCUGCGACGCACCCGAGACCCGAGUGGCUUCCACUACUAUGAAUUCGGAUUCGCUCCGCCCAAGGCUUCGCUUAGACUGUUCGUGCAAAAUAACCCGGGCCGAUCUAGAAACAGCCGCGAUUCAGUUAGCUGACUUGGCGAGGUCACUGCCAGCGAGACGACUUGGGGAGAGGAUACGAAGGAGAUGCGAGUUGCGAGACGCCUAAAAACGCAAUGUCGAUCAGAAUGUCACCGGCAGAAACGCGGAUGACGGGUGGAGCAUCGCACAGGCGAAUCGGUUUGUAUGACGAAAGAGCUAUUGCGUUGCGAGGUAAAGUGGAUGUUGGGAACUUUCAACGCGUAUCGGGAGAUUGUGGGAGCUGAGGCCGAGUUCUCGCUUCUAAAGUCGCUUCGAAUGAUGGCGAUAAGACGGCCGCGCUUCAACUUGAAAAGGUGGAGAGCGUAAUCGAUAUGCACGAAUUGGCGCGGACGCGAAUGGGAGCAUAUGCGAAUUGCUCACACAUUUGAGAUGGUCGGGUCGGGUGGGGAAGGAAGGGCCCCAAGGGCCACGGAGCAGAGCAGCAUCAAUGGCAGAAGUGGUGCACUGUGGAAGGGGCAGAUUGUUGGCAAGUUGUGUGCGGCUGUGUGGCGAGGAACGGUGGAUGCAUGUGCAAGCUCAAUGUCGGGAGAGAAUGGAAUGACCACAGGAUAAGGGAAGCAAGGAGGGGACAGGAAGAAGGGCCAUGGCGUGGGCGGGAUGAAGGGGAUGCAAGGGAUGAAUGAUUGAAAGCGGUGAAUGUCAAAUGGGGUGAAGGUUGAAAUUGGGGCGCGAAAAAUCUGUGGCUGAGCUGGAGAGGAGAGCUUUUCGUGAAAGACUGUUUCGGCAAUACGAUUUUCGGAAAAGAGCAACGCAGUCAAGAGGAAACGGAAAGAUGACAAAUUCUCACAGCUGCUGUUGGAGGGGCUGGUUUGGAACGGAAUGGAACGGGCAGCGAGAAUUGAGGCAUUGAGAAAUGGCAGAGCUUUGGUUUGGAGGAAAGAGUGUCCCUUCCCUUGCUGCACGCGGGCAGAAUGAAAGCAAACAUGGGGAAAAAACCGUGUGCCCUUCCAACAGAUGUGGAAACUGACACGCCGGUGAGAUCCGAUGUCGACGAAUGCGGUGAUGCUGUCCCACGCCGCUAGAGCUUCGAAGAACCGUCAGAUCCAGGGCUUACGCAAAGGAUUUUCGGAACCCCCACCCCCUCUUUCGGUUCGUCCUUAUUUGGGGGGAACUUCGAUUUCUGUUUAAGCCGGAAUUGGGUUGAAAGCUACUCUGUCAGAGUUAUGUAAUCGCUCCACUUGGUUCGCUAAGGAUGAGCCGCACAGGGAUAAACACCUUACAAGGAG